AUGGAAAACGGUUCGUGCUGUGUGUUUCCAGAAGCAGUACUGGACACUGUCUUGCCGCCUGUGCUAAUUGCAGAGUUUGUUUUAGGGCUAAUUGGUAAUAGUGUGGGUUUAUGGAUGUUUUUCUUUCACAUGAAAACCUGGAAACCAAACAGCAUUUACCUCCUAAACCUUGCAAUGGCAGACACAGUGGUAAUGUUCUGUCUUCCUUUCCGUACUGAUUACUACAUGAGAGGGAAAAACUGGGUGUAUGGUGACAUACCUUGUCGGAUUUUGCUCUUCAUGCUUGCAGCAAACAGAGCUGCUGGUAUUUUUUUUCUUACAGCUGUUGCAGUGGAUCGCUACUUAAAAAUUGUACACCCACUAAAUAAAAUCAACAAGAUAAGUCUUAAGCAAGCUGUGCUUGCUUCCUGCGGCUUGUGGUUGCUCAUCGUGGCAAUGACUGCUUACCUACUCGGAGAGCCCCACUUUUUCAUCCAAAACAACAAGACACAGUGUGAAAGUUUCAACAUCUGUCCAGGCACCAACCCUACAGCAACAUGGCACAACGCUUUUUAUGUGAUUCAGUUUCUUGUACCUGUGUGCAUCAUAAGCUACAGUACCAUCCGUAUUACAUGGCAGCUGAGAAGCAAAACAAUAGACAAACAUGGCAAAAUAAAGAGAGCUGUACAGUUUGUUAUGGCAGUUGCUAUUGUGUUUGCCAUUUGUUUCUUUCCAAGCAGCAUGUCAAGAAUCUCUGUGUGGAUCCUGAAAGCUCAGUACUCUGAAUGCAGUUACUUUCGACAAGCCAAUCUGGCUUUCUACACCUCAGUAUGCUUCACUUACUUUAACAGUGUACUAAACCCUGUUGUGUAUUACUUCUCAAGUCCUUCAUUUAGUGGAUUAUUUAAAAAUCUAUUUAACAAAAUAACAGGCAAAGAAGCUGAAAUGAGUGAUGAACAAGUAAACACUUGCUCCACGAUGCCAACAUAA